AUGAGCAAAGAGAGACGCGAUGAGGAACUGGUGAACAUGCGUACAGCUUUAGCCUGCACACGAGAUAUGUGGAUCAUGAAGAGUUUUGUGCACAAAAUGUUCCACGCUGUUUCCGAUCCCACUGAUCUGGUUGAAGUUAUCACCUACCUGUCCCAGAAUUCCCUUGGUCACGUGGUGAUGUGGGAUUAUAUCCGAGAAGCUUGGCGACAAACUGUGGAUGAGUAUGCCCAUUUUUCUUUCUUCUUCAGACCACCUGUAAAUGCUAUUUUGAAAAUUCUCUCAAAGAAAUACUACACAUUAAACAACAUACCACCCUCGGAGGAGAUUGUUGCACUGGAACAAUCAAGUCACGCCACCACGGAAUCGUCGAUAAUGCAACGCUCAUUCCAAGAAUUGUUCAAACGUAAUGAGCAAAAUAUGCUCUGGUCAAAAACGCAUCUGCGCAGUAUUAACAAAUGGCUGGAGGAACACGUGGUGGACCAAAACGCACUUAUGUGA